CCUCCUCCUCAGGAAUCAGGUGUGCCUGUGAGCCCCAGCCAUGUCCUGCUGCCAGCCGUGCAACCCUUGCUGCCAGCCCUGUGGCCCCACCCCGCUGGCCAACAGCUGCAAUGAGUGCUGUGUCAGGCAGUGCCAGGACUCCCAUGUGGCCAUCCAGCCCUCGGCCGUGGUGGUGACCCUGCCCGGCCCCAUCCUCAGCUCCUUCCCACAGAACACCGCCGUGGGAUCCUCCACCUCUGCUGCUGUUGGCAACAUCCUCAGCUGUGGCGGAGUGCCCAUCAACUCUGGAGGCUUUGACCUCUCCUGCAUCACCAACUGCUAUGGUGGCAGCAGAUGCCGUCCCUGCUAAAGCUGCUGGCAACAUCCUUGAGGCAAGAGCUUCCAUGACCUCAGAACCUGGCUCUGGGCAGGAGAUAGAGCUUUAAGACAUGAUAUUUAGUGUCUGAGCCAUUGUUCCCUACUUCUAUUUUUGUCUUUCCUUUGCUCUCUGUGUCUCCCCAGGCCAGCCUAGGGGGAUGUGUUAUCCUCCCCUGCCUCUUUUGGGCAGGCAGAUGGACACCUUGCAGGAACUGCUUCUUUGUAGCUGCUCCUGGUGUUGUC